ACACAGUAACCCGUGCGCUACUGGUGCUCCUGCUGCUCCCCUUCCAGAAACAUUGCGAGGAAAGAAAACAAACCUGCGUGGAUGGAUCCUUUACUUCUAAACACAUUUUAGUAUCCAUAGUGAACUGAAACGUUUCGGAUUUCGCGAUUGAUCUGAAUGUUUCAGUCGCUCGCGCUGAAGCGAACGCGGAUUCCUCGCGCAGAGAAUCAAAGUCUCUCAAACGCACCGUUUAGCUGCACAAACAUGGAUGUUCUGGCCAAUUACAGUAUUUUUCAAGAACUUCAACUUGUUCAUGACACUGGCUACUUCUCCGCGAUGCCGUCUCUGGAGGAAAACUGGCAGCAGACAUGUUUGGAGUUGGAACGCUAUCUGCAGACGGAACCCAAACGGCUGUCUGACCUUUUUGACGAGGAACUAGAUGGCCUCCUUACCCCCUCCUUCAUGAAGGAAGAUGCGGAUGAAGACCUGUUAGACCCCCUCCUACCCAGCCUCAACAACCCCCCCAGUCCUCCUCCUCGCCUCACCCCACGCAAAGAAACUCUCUCCUCCACUUCCUCUACUGUGACCUCUCCAGACAUCACCUUAGGGGUCAACGCAGCCCAGCUGAACGCCGUCACCUCCCUAACACCUCCCUCGUCCCCAGAACUGGGCCGUCACUUAGUCAAACCCACCCACACACUCAGUGCCUCGCCCGACGGGACCCUCACGCUCAAGCUAGUGGCCCGAAAGGUGGGCUUGAGUUCUGCCAAGCUCGUGGUGGCCCACCCGGUCCCACCUUCUCCCCAGCACGGCAGCAGCGGAGCACAGAGCGAUGGGGAACAGGGCGCCACCUGCACCAUGGGAGCUGGCGAGAUGGCAGAGAACAAGAAGAGGGUCCAUCGCUGCCAGUUCAACGGGUGUCGGAAGGUCUACACCAAGAGUUCACAUUUGAAGGCACAUCAGAGGACACAUACAGGGGAGAAGCCAUACAAGUGCUCAUGGGAAGGCUGUGAAUGGCGGUUCGCGAGAAGCGAUGAGUUGACGAGGCACUACCGCAAACAUACCGGCGCCAAGCCUUUCAAGUGCAAUCACUGCGACAGGUGA